CUCUGCUCCGGUCUCUCGCGGGGUUUCCUUCUGUUCAUACCAGGGAACAAAAUGGCGACCCGCGCGGUGGCCGAGCUGGGAAAGAUCUUUGUCAGACCAAGACGGUGGUUUCUAGGACUUUCAAAGAUUCGGCCAUGUUUUUCGAAAUCUUACCAUUCAGCAAAUGCCUUAGAGAGUAGAACUGCUGGUAGGACCCUUUAUGCACCAUUACAGACUUUCACAGAAGAGGAGAUUAUGUUGAAAGACACAGUUGCUAAGUUUGCUCAGGAACAAAUUGCACCACUGGUCCGCCAAAUGGAUGAACAAUCUCACAUGGAUGAAUCUGUCAUUAGAGGAUUGUUUGAACAAGGGCUGAUGGGGAUUGAGAUUGAGGAACAGUAUGGUGGAUCAGAAUCAAACUUUUUUGCAUCUAUCCUUGCCAUCGAAGAACUUGCAAAAGUAGAUGCAUCAGUUUCAGUCCUGUGCGACAUACAGAAUACUUUGAUCAACACAUUAUUGAGAAAGUUUGGGUCGGAGCAACAGAAGAGAAAGUAUCUACCUCAACUUGCCAAGGACAUGGUUGGCAGCUUCUGUCUUUCAGAGCCCGAGGCUGGUAGUGAUGCAUUUUCUCUGAGAACAUGUGCUGAAAAACAUGAAGAUUAUUAUAUUAUCAAUGGCUCAAAGAUGUGGAUAAGUAAUGCUGAUUAUGCUGGCGUAUUUCUGGUUAUGGCAAAUGCAAAUCAAGCAGCAAGCUAUAGGGGAAUCACAUGUUUCAUAGUCGAUCAAGGUACAGAAGGGCUGCAAAUUGGGAAAAAGGAGGAUAAACUGGGAAUCCGAGCAUCAUCUACUUGUGCAGUGAAUUUUGAUAAUGUGAAGGUUCCAGAGAGUAACAUUCUGGGUCAACUGGGACAAGGGUACAAAUAUGCAAUUGGAAUGCUGAAUGAGGGCAGAAUUGGGAUUGCUGCACAGAUGGUUGGAUUGGCUCAGGGAUGUUUUGAUAACACUAUUCCAUACCUGAAGCAGCGAGUUCAGUUUGGGAAAAGGAUUUUUGAUUUCCAGGGCAUGCAGCAUCAGAUUUCUCAGGUUGCGACCCAAAUUGAAGCUGCACGACUGCUAACCUACAAUGCUGCUCGACUGAAAGAAACAGGGAAACCCUUUGUUAAGGAAGCCUGCAUGGCAAAAUAUUAUAGUUCCGAGGUAGCAGCUUUAGCAUCUUCAAAGUGUAUUGAGUGGAUGGGAGGAGUUGGCUACACCAAGGAUUAUCCCAUAGAAAAAUACUAUCGAGAUUCCAAAAUAGGUUCAAUAUAUGAAGGAACUUCAAACAUUCAACUGAAUACGAUUGCAAAAUUGAUAGAUCAAGGAUUUUAAAGCUGCUAUAUGUUAUGAGCAGCACCAAUGAUUUCUUAAUGUAGCACUUCAGAUUGCCUAUCAAUUCUGACAACAUAAAUGAUGCUUCAGAUAAAUUCUUGCUCUCUAUAGUACUAUUUCCAUUCGUUUCAGUAUAAUUUGACAUGUAAGAUCAAAUCCUGAAGUAUACCUGCUUUCUGAAAAGCUUUCUCAUGAUUCUACAUUAACUUUUUAGUAUUGCCUGUGCUCAAGUAGAUAGCUUAAUUAAUUAUCCUAUUGUUAUACAGCAACAACUUGUAUUUGCGUACAACUUGUGUUUGUGGUAUAACUAUUUUCCUGUGUAAUAUUUGUAAAGACAGCUUUAGUGAUGGCACUAACUUUUUGUUUAAUACGCAUUAAUUUCUCUCUUAAAAUCAAAUCCUGCUUGAUUAUGUUGUUUGUUUUUCAUCCUUCUUGGAAAAUCAAAAUUGAUUAAGAGGUCUCCACUUAUGUACCUUUAUCUACAGUGUUGCAUACAAAAUGUCAACAUUUUUGGCUUAGUAAAAUGAUGCCAUAAAUUCACUUAUGGAUUUUAAUAAAUGGAAAACAGUUUGUUAUAAAUCUAUUAUUACAAAUUUCUCAUUCGGUGGUUGAGCCAGCGGCAGUAGUGUUUGUCUUAUGGGAAGGAGCAUGCACUUGUACUCUAUAGUAAAAAAAAUUGAUAUAGAUGUUAAUACCAUGCUUUAACUAAUAAUCCAUGUCCACCUACACUCUUGUAGCUAAUUAGAUAUAGUCCAUUGAUAUUAAAAACAAGGUUGCAGGUAAAGUUGUUAAACCUGUGUUCUAACCUCACCACUAUAGCAUAGUACAAGCUUGACAUGGCAAGGCAUGCUAGUUAAUCAGCUUUAGGUAACUUAUUGCUUUCCCUUGUUUUAAUCGCUCUGAUUUAAAGAGUUUACAUAGCACGCUCGAUUGCUGCUGAGAGCAUUGGUUAAUACCCUGUCAAGUAUGUUCCAGUAAAUUGAGAGCAGACUUGCUACUGUACCUCAUGAACUUUUCAAAUUUCAUCUUGUGAUCACUGACUCUAAGAUACUCCCCAACUUCAGCUGGGUUUACCUUACCAGGCGCGUUUCCCAUGAUUAGAUCCACAAUAGCUACUAACUUUGUUGUUUGUUCAAGCUGGGAAGGAUAGCAAUCCAUCACUAUCUCUUGUAAGAUGGACCCUUCCUAAGUUUUUUUUUCACACUGCUAUCACCUCAGUCAAUAUCUAGGUAAUUGAAACUCCCCAUGAUCAACGUUCUGACAUUCAACUUUCUGUUUCACAACCUCCCUCAUCUGAAAAAAACAUUGUCUGCACUGUGUUCUGCUCUUGUCUAGUAGGUCUCAACAAUAUCCAAGAAUCACCUUCCCUUUUUUUAAGUCCUCAACUUCAAUCCAAACUGCCUGCCUCACCUGUCUCAGUGAAACACUCAUGUGGCUUAUUUCAGUUGUCAAAAAAAAUCUUCCUGUGUCCAUAUUGCAACUAUUUCUUCUACUUUAUUGUACCUGUUUCUGCUAUAAACUACUCUCCAGCCAUCUUAAUCUCAGUCAAUGUCUUGCUUUAAUAAAGUCUUGUGCUUCACC